CGCGACACGUUGAAUGGUCAGUUACAGCGCAUACUCACAUUUUGACCCAAAGCUGUCAACAACCCCUCUUUCUCAGCCCACAUUUUGGACCCUUUCGAAUUGGAAAAGUUCGUACCUCUUUGGGUUUAAAACCAAAACACGACCGGAUGUAAACAAACCUCAUUCUGGUAUCACAAGCUCCAGGCCCUGGACACCAUUGUCAAUAUGGCCUCCCUUCUAAACCUCCCCUUCGUCUCCUACUUCCUCCCGUCCUCCAUGACGGCCUGGUCCACCUCGCUCAACCUUUUGUUUUUCUACAUGACCUGGACAACCUUGGUCCUCAGCCAAUCGACCUUCAAGCUCGAGAUCCUCGGCACGCUCGCCAUCCGCCUCAUCUUCUGGCUUUUGCCUUCUCUGGUGUUUCUCCUCUUCGACACGCUCUGCCCCGGGAUAUCCGUCUCGCUCAAGUACAAGGGCGCCGUCGAUUUGCAAGAUCGCCAUGUCCGCACCCACGCCCGCCUCAUAGGUCUGGGGGUGUUCAACCUCUUGACCUCCACCGCCGUUCAGGCUCUUAUUUCGUUUGGGGUCAGCACACUGAUUAAGGCUCCCGUGUACCGGACGACCACCACGCUGCCGUUGCCGUGGCAAAUGGCGAAGCAUAUCGCCAUUUUGUUUUUGCUGAGGGAGGUUUUGACUUAUUAUAUCCACCGCUUCGUUUUGCACGCCCACGCCCAAGACUCGAAGCGCGGCUCCUCCCUCAGCAACCGUUUAACCGACUUGCACAUCCGUUACGCCCACGCCAAUAACCCACCCGCUUCGUCCUCCACCACUACCUCUUCCUGGCGCAAACCUUCUUCGUUGUCCCUUCAACCAACUCAACCAACCCCCCUCACCCUCUUCGCCGACCACCCCGCUCCCUCCCUCCUCCACCGCUUCCUCCCUCUCUACCUCCCUCCCCUCCUUUUAUCUCUCUCCUUCCACUUAUCUCCCUUGCUAGUCCCCUAUAUCCCCAUCUCCGCCAUUCCGAGCUCUACUCACCACUUACAUCUGUUGACAAUGCAUUUGUUUACUGGUUUGGUUACGCUGGAGGAGACCUUGUCUCUGGCGGGGUACACGACGCUUUUGACUCUGGUGCCUAUCCCGGGAGUGCUGGUGGGUGGAAUAGCGAAGAGGCAGGGGAGGCAUUUUGGGACAGUGGAAGGGCUGAAGGGGAGGAGUGGGAAUUUUGGGGCUUGGGGGGUGGUGGAUUGGGUUUUGGGCACGAGACUGCUGAAGGAUGAGAGUGGGGAGGGGGUUGUUGUCGAGGGUGAGAAGGGGAGUGGUAGGAGGAGCAAAGCUUCGGCGAAGACGGCGGCUGGUGAGAGUGGAAGUGGAAGUGGGAGAAAGACUAGGACGAGCACGCGGAGACAGAGGGAGGACAUGAGCAAGUCGUUGGAGGAUGAGAUUAAGCAAGUGGCUGAGGGACUGAGGGAUGUCGGAGAGGGGAUUGUGGAUGGGAUUAAGGAGUUUGGGGAGGGGAUGGGGGUGAGGAGGAGUGGAAGGAUUAGGGAGAGGAGCAGUAGGGCGGGGUCGGUGAUGAGGUGAGGUGAUGGGUUUGGAUGAAAAGGUGGAUGGGUGGAUGAUGAUAUGAUUUUGUAUGAUGGAUCAUGGAUGAUUUUUUUACGACUGGGGGGGUUAUCGUUUUGGAAAAGUUGGUAUUUCAUUGAGUGUUUGGAUAUCUGGUGGCUGGCA